GAGUCUUAAAAUAUCAGAAAGAGAGAGAGAGAGGGAGAGAGCAGUUCGUGUCCGAUCCGAUCCCGAUUCGCUUGCGCUCUCUCUCGUAAUAGCAGAGAGAGGAAGAGAGGGAGAGAUGGCAGCGAGGAGACCGGAGGAUGAAUACGAUUACCUGUUUAAGGUGGUAUUAAUCGGCGAUUCGGGGGUUGGGAAGUCGAACCUGCUGUCCCGAUUUACGAGGAAUGUGUUCUGCUUGGAAUCCAAAUCCACCAUCGGCGUCGAAUUCGCUACCCGUACCCUUCAGGUCGAGGGAAGAACAGUCAAAGCACAGAUAUGGGACACCGCUGGUCAGGAGCGUUAUAGAGCCAUAACCAGCGCGUAUUACAGGGGUGCACUCGGGGCUGUCCUAGUCUAUGAUGUGACAAAACCAACAACAUUCGAGAACGUGUGCAGGUGGCUCAAGGAGCUGCGGGACCAUGCCGACUCGAACAUCGUGAUCAUGCUCAUCGGGAACAAGACUGAUCUCAAACACCUCCGUGGGGUCGCCACUGAGGAUGCCCAGAGCUAUGCCGAGAAGGAAGGAUUGUCAUUCAUCGAGACCUCCGCACUCGAAGCCAUCAAUGUCGAGAAGGCUUUUCUGACUAUCCUUGCAGAGAUAUAUCGGAUAAUCAGUAAGAAGAAUCUCUCUACAGAGGAGUCUGCCCCUGCCAGUAUUAAAGAAGGGAAGACAAUUGUCGUGGAUGCAUCCCCCAUGAACACAAAGAAGCCUUGUUGCUCGACAUAAGAGGCCACUGUAGUUCUAUAUGGGUUCCAAUCCUGAGGUUUUAGCUUUGAAAUGUGGUUAUCUAUUUGUCAUCAGAGAGAUCAGUUUAAGCAUUGUGCCGGUGCUUGCAACAGGUAUUUAUUUUACCGUUCUUUUUUUGGAUGUUAGUGUAUUUGCUUCAUUUUCUUAGAAAUGGAUCAAUGAAAGUCAAAUUUUCGAAAAUUCUCAGAACCAGUAGUUUUUCUAAACUUAUUUUGUUUGUUUGUUUGUUUUUUUUUUUUUUUUCCCUACUGUUGAGUUGUUUCUUAGUGCAAACAUUUUUUACUUUGUCAGGCACUAUUGUGCCAUUCUUUCAGAGCAUUGUUGAAAAUUUCAAGUAGCAAUUUAUAAAUAAAAAGACAUUGAAUUGAGAAAAUUUUAUCA